AUGGAACAAAUAACUAAAAAUUUUAAUAACGAGGAAAAUGAUGUUGCUAAUGAUUCGCAAGUUGAUUCGAAAUCUUUAAAUGAUGUUAAGUGUGAUGUUUGCCCUACAACUUCUUUAUUUCCCCAACCUUUUUCUUUGUUAAAAUGUUUUUUAAAUCUUCUCUGCCUUCUAGAUUCAUUCUCAAUUGGCGAUUUUAUUCGUUGUUCAACCAAAUCUUCUCAUUUUUCUGGCGAAUUAAUACUAAACGAUGUGACUAAUGGAAUUCUACUUUUAGAGGAAUACUUAAACAAUGGACGAUCUACAUUACAUUUUGUCAAAAAAUGUGGACUUUUAACGAUUGAGAAAAUUUUCCCCCCACAAAAAAUGCAAAAAAGGCGAUCUAGCAAUUUAAUAAAGCAUAACAAUUCUCUAUACACAAUUGAUGAAAUUGAAAGAACUGAAAGUGUUUUGGAAAGUGAUUAUUUUAUUAAAGAUGAACAGGCUAAAAGGACUUUUUUGGAGCUUAAAAGGAUGUUUGUUUUUAAAUUAAUCUUGAUUUUUUAUAUUCCUUUUCACAAAAAGUAUAUUUUAUUGUCUCUGGGAAUCCUAACUUUUUCGGAGAUUUUUUUAUAA